AUGCCAUCGUCAAGAAUGAUAGAACCAGCAUUGCCGCCAACAGAUCAAUUGGUGCAUGUACCUUCAGGAGUUCCUAUGCAGGUUGAAGUGGUACCAGAUCUACCGGUGCCACCAAUAAUUCCAAUGGAACUAGAUUCUCCACCGUCGACACCUCCAGGUCAACUUGUCAUACGUCCUUCUCAACAAAACUUGCAGAUUCAGUUGUCACCCGUUAAUCCGGUUGUUCUUCAGAAACGACCAGGAUGGGAGUGGCAGCCACUGUCGAUUCCUGCGCCACAGGACAUUUCUAGCGCCAUCGAAGAGUCCAACAUUCUGGAACCAGGCGUGAAAAGACAUCGAGCUAAUCUUGCUCAACGUCAACGUGCUCACACUGCUCGAAAAUUACGAGCUAAGGCAAUUCGUCUUCAAGUCAAGAAUUAUGAAGAUGAACACAAAUUGAUUGAUUCUAGCAUGAUUCUUCGAACGGCCUUUACACCCGGUUUUCAUCUAACUCAACGUGCGAUGAAAACUACAGCUGUGGCAGGUUAUAUCCACUUUAAGUCUUAA